CCCCUCCCCGAAUCAACAGAUCUCUGUGGAUCCCAUGGAAGGGGAAAUGGCUCCUGAAGAGACCGUCCCGUUUGUGGUGACCCUGCAGGCCUCAGUGCAUGCCAGCUUUUAUGGCGUGGACCUGAUAUGUAAGGUAUAUCGGCAAGAACUCAUGCGGCAGUACCACAGGGAGUUACAGGAAUGGGAGAAUGAGAAGAAGCGGCAGGAGGAGGAGUUCAUCAUCACAGACAGGAAAGUGAAGCCGAGAGCCUUUUGUACAGCCUGUGAGCCCGUGAGGAGGUACAAGACGCUGCCCCCCAUCACAAACCAGCAACCUUCCAGCCGCCCUGCCAGCUGGAACCUGCGGAUGAUGAAGGAGGAGCCACUUUGGUUGUGCCCCCAGCCACCCACGCCAGCCAUUCUCUGCCUCAGCCUCACUGCCCGAACCCACUCCAUUGACUACUACCUGACCAACUUCUUCUCCGAAUUUCCCCGCCACUUCUUGCACUGGGAACCGCCGAAGAAGAAAAGCCUCGGGGAAGAGUCAGAGGCUUAUGAGGAAGAAGCUGUCACUGAAGAAGAGGAGCCUAUCCCCAAGCAAAUGAAGCAACUUCUCGUUGACUGCCUUACCGCCAUCAUCAGGGGCCUUCUGGAAGACAGGAACUUUCAUGAGGCUGUGGAUCAAAACCUGGUAGAGGAAGUGCCCUACUUCUGCCAGUUCUGGAGUGAGAAAUCGGCCCAGACCAUGGCCCCUUACAGCAGCCUGUACUUGAUGCCAAUCAUGUCCCUGACUUCUGUCCAGAAGGAUCAAGGGAUGUCCCAGCAGUCUCUGCAGGGGCAGUGGAAGCAGAACCUGAAACUCAUGAUGAAGGAGGAGCAGGAGCAGGAUGAGAAAGAAGCCAUUGGAAGGCUGCCUGCCUUCGCCAACCUGCAGGAGGCGCUGUUGGAGAACAUGAUCCAGAACGUCCUAGUGGAGGCCAGCUUCGGGGAGGUGGUGCUCACCUCGCGGCCGCGCAUCAUCACCCUGCCGCCCGUGAACGCGCCACCCCCGAGGACCGACGUGCUGCCGUCGCCGCUGCCACCCGAGCAGCCAGCGGAGGAGGCGUCCAGUGUGGCCGCCGACCCCACGACCGAAUCUUUGCCGAUAGGCGCCCGGGUCCCCAGCACCCUCCCCUCCACCCCCACCGCCAAGGCCUCGUCGGAGGAGGGGAGGGCGCUCCGCCUUCGCAACUGCCAGACGCCGCCGCCGCCACCAUAUGGGUCGCUGCUCUCCGGGGAGAUCCGGCUCCCACCCGGCCACCCCCGAAAGCCACCAGCCACGCCCGCAGACCGCCCCGCCGGCUGCCCGGCUCUCGAGCUGGGUCCUGCGGGCUAA